CCACUCGUUUUCCUCCCUCCCUCAUUUUCUCUUUCUUUUCUUUUUUUUUCUUUUUUUUUUUCUUUUUCUCCUUUCCCAAUUGAUCGAUCGAUCGAGGCCUCUCCCUUUCCUUCUUCUUUUCGAACCCUAAAACCACAACAAUACCGAGAGAAAAGCAACACCCACCGAAUUUCUUUUUCUUCUCGAGAAACAAACAACAAGGCCCUCUAUUUUUCUCUUUCUUUCUAAAAAUGCAACAGCAGAGGCUUAAACAGCAACAACAGGCACUGAUGCAACAAGCUCUUCUCCAACAGCAGUCAAUUUACCAUCCUGGUCUCCUCGCUCCUCCUCAGAUUGAGCCAAUUCCAAGUGGAAAUCUGCCUCCUGGUUUUGAUCCAAGUACUUGCCGCAGUGUGUACGUGGGAAACAUCCACACUCAGGUAACUGAACCCCUCCUCCAAGAGGUUUUUGCGAGUACUGGUCCUGUUGAAGGAUGCAAGCUUAUCAGAAAAGAAAAGUCAUCCUAUGGAUUUAUUCACUACUUUGAUCGCCGAGCAGCUGCGCUUGCUAUAUUAUCUCUUAAUGGAAGGCAUCUAUUUGGUCAGCCUAUCAAAGUUAACUGGGCAUAUGCUAGUGGUCAGAGGGAAGACACAUCAGGUCACUUCAACAUUUUUGUUGGAGAUCUUAGUCCUGAGGUUACUGAUGCAACAUUGUAUGCCUGCUUUUCUGUUUAUCCCAGUUGUUCAGAUGCAAGGGUUAUGUGGGAUCAGAAGACUGGACGUUCAAGAGGGUUUGGGUUUGUUUCCUUCCGAAAUCAACAGGAUGCCCAGAGUGCGAUAAAUGACCUAACAGGAAAGUGGCUCGGCAGUAGACAGAUUCGUUGCAACUGGGCAUCUAAAGGUGCUGGUUCCAAUGAAGACAAACAAAGUUCUGAUUCAAAAAGUGUGGUGGAACUAACAAAUGGCACAUCAGAGGAUGGCAUGGAGGCACCAAAUAAUGAGGCUCCCGAAAACAAUCCUCAGUAUACCACUGUUUAUGUGGGCAAUCUUUCUCCAGAGGUAACUCAGCCUGUUCUCCACCGCCAUUUCCAUGUUCUUGGUGCUGGAGUUAUUGAGGAGGUCCGAGUCCAGAGAGACAAAGGUUUUGGGUUUGUGAGGUUCAGUACUCAUGCCGAGGCAGCUGUAGCUAUUCAGAUGGGAAAUGCCCAAUCACUUCUUUGUGGUAAACAAAUAAAGUGCUCAUGGGGUAGCAAGCCCACCCCGCCAGGGACAAGCUCAAAUCCACUACCCCCACCUGCUGCUGCCCCUUUGCCUGGGAUCUCAGCUACAGAUAUCUUGGCAUAUGAGAGGCAGCUAACAUUGAGCAAGAUGGGUGGUGUCCAUGCCUUUAUGCCUCCUCAUGGGCAGCUUCCUCUAAAACAAGCAGCUAUGGGAAUGGGUGCCGGAGCAAGCCAGGCAAUAUAUGAUGGUGGUUUCCAGAAUGUUGCUGCUGCCCAGCAACUCAUGUACUAUCAGUAACAAUAAAAGCUGACGCCACAUGGCACCUUUAUUUCCUGCCUUUGCCGGUGUUAUUUCAGUUCUAAGCAAUUAGGAAGCCUUCUGUUUUCUCUUUAUCCGGCUGAGGUGGUUACCAACCCGCUUAUUUAUAUCAUCAUAUGUUUGCCAUUUGUGUGGAUAUAUACAUGUAUGUUUUUCCUUUUCUACCAUGUAGGGAUGAGGGAUCUUGGUUAUCAGAGGGAGUUGCCUAUUUAAGAUGACAGCAGUAUGCUUUAAACCGUUUGAGUAUCUUGGCCCUUGUCUGUUGUAUGAGAUUUUUUAAAGAUUUGUUUCGAGGUAUGUGGAUUUUCAGGUCUGGAA